GCGGCGCUGGUGCAGGCGCAGCUGCCGCUUCCCUGCCGGGUGCUUCCAGGUGUCACCGCUAUGGCGGCCUCGCUUUUGCUGCGGCAAGGACGAGCUGGGGCGGUGAAGACUAUGUUCCUGGAAGCACAGGUGUUUCAAGGAUUUGCUUCCACAGUUCCUCUCUCUGCAGAAUCAGGGAAGAGUGAAAAGGGACUGCCACCAAAUUCCAAGAAGCAAAGUCCACCAAAAAAUGUAGUGACACCAAAGGAGAAGGGCAAGCUGCUGGCAGCCCAAGCAGCAGCUGAAUUGUCUAGAAACGUAUCUUCACCCAGUCCUUACCCGUCAGUCACAAAAGGCGGGGUGGUAGCUAGCCCCAGCCCCGAUGACAGCCCGCUGCGCGCACACGAAGGGGUUCCGAAAGUUUUGUCAAGAAAGACUUUGGUAGAGUUUCCUCAGAAAGUUCCGUCUCCAUUCAGAAAACAGGGUUCUGGUUCAGAAGCUCGUCGGAAGGGCCAGAAAGUGACAGAUGAUUCAUCUUCAUCUUCAUCUUCAUCUAGCUCCUCUGAUUCAGAGUCUGACGAGGAGAGUGACGUCUCAGAGGUUGGUCCUCGAGUGGCGAGCAAAGGCAAAGGAGGGUUUCGGAAACUGGAGGUCUCUCGUGCCUUUGAAAGCACAGCUCCCCAAAUGGCGAUAUCAGCAGAAGAGAAAACCAGGGCGCAGAAGCCUCACACAGACCUCACCCAUCCAGAGAAGCCCCGUCAGCCAAAGAAGAAAGGGACCACCAUUAAGCUUUCAGAGGAUAGAAAAGAUGCUAAACCAAAAACCAUGGCGCCCAAAUCACAAGUACAUGAAGAGUUCCUGAAGCAAGAUAUAAAAGAAAAACAAUUGCAGAACAUAUUUAGAUCAAGUGAAAUAGAUAAGGAAAGCCAAAAGCCAUUUGAAGUUAAAGGAAUCUUACCUGACCACACAAAGUCAGGAUUGUCUGCACAGCCGGCCGGUGCCCCAGCGCCCACCCUGGGAGAGAAGGCCAGCGUGGAAGGGCAGCCGCAAGCCGCUCCUCCUGGGGCUGGAGAGACACAUCUGGGAAAGCAAGUGCCAGAGCUUCAUGGGGAGGCAGCUGCCCCCCUGCUCAGGAAAGAGCACUCGAGGAAGCAGGUAAUAGGAGGACACUUGAAGGCUAGAGAAGAGAUCCUGGAAGAUCAGGUACCAAUAAGGGAUUUGAAGUCAGUUCCUGCUGAGAAUCAAGAUGCUUUUCAUGAAAAGGCCACAGUGCUAAGGCUUGAGAGUGAGGUCGUGGAAGACUCUGCCCUGCCAGCGGAAGACUCUGCCCUGCCAGCGGAAGACCCCGCCCUGCCAGCGGAAGACCAGGACGGCACACAGGGGCCCGCCCCAGAGGCUGCCGAGCCGUCUGACAGCAGCACCUACAAGAACCUGCAGCAUCAUGACUACACCACGUACACCUUCCUCGACCUGAACCUCGACCUCUCCAGGUUCAGGAUGCCACAGCCCUCUUCAGGGCGUGAGUCGCCCCGACACUGAAGGUCCUCAGUCGAAAGAUGCAUUUACGUCAUCUUUGCUGCAUUCUUGCCUGCAAAAAUAAAGUCCAUUCGAGUCACAAA